AUCAAGUGUGGAAGUUCUUGUUUGAAAUUUUAAAUAAAUUGAAUACACUUAUACUAUGAAUAUAUCUAGAGUUUUCUCAAUCUACUUGCUCUGGUUGAAUAUUUAUUACUUUUCUAUAUGUAAAGGUCAAGAAAUUAUCCAUGAAGAUAUAAAAGAUGCUAUGCUGAGUCUUGUCCACCUAAUGCGGGAAAAUACAGAAAAAUUAGAGCGACACGAGGUUCGAGAACGCCAAUUAGGUGACCAAAUGAAAAAGGCUAUUGGAUUGUUAUCUAAAAAAAUGAAUGCUCUCGAAGAGAUACAAAUCCGUUUUAUCGAGUCAGAUAAAAGGAUUACAGACCUCGAACAAUUAUAUUAUCAGGUUUCAAGUGUUCCAAAACAAGUCUCUACUACCGAUGAAUCAUCGGAAUUUCUAAAAGUUCAUUUUAAAAAAUUGCAAGAUGAUGUGGAGGAAAAACUUUUCAACCACAAUAUACUAGUCGAGAAACAAACUCAAAUGAUAGAUAAAUUGAUGAAUAUGGUUAACGAUAUACCGACUAGUAUACAAAAUAUUCUUAAGAUAGGUUUGGCAAAGCCAUCUCGCUUUGUCGACCAAGAACUAUUAGAGCUCAAUAAAACUCAAGCUCUCAUUUUGGCAAUGGCUGAUGAUAUAUUGAAUACAAAAAAGAUGGUUGAAUAUAGUGUUCAUCAAAUUUUACUUGGAGUUGAAAAUUCGAUGAAAAGUGAAAACCUCAUUAUCAACAAUACUCUUGAAAAAAAUUUUAGUUUUCUCACAAUGAAUCUAAGCAAUAGUCAAAAAAAUAUGGAAAAUAAUUUGACAGAUACAAUGGAGCGAGAAAUGUCUCAGGUAUGGCGACAGCUGAACUUGAUGUAUCAACAAAUGAAUUCCAAUGGAAAUAUUCUGCACCAACUUCAUACUCAGACUGAUUUUUUCGCGAAUGGAACUAUGAUCACGAUAAACGGAAUGAAUUACAAAAUCUCAGAAAUUUCGAAAAAAAUCACUGAAAUUGAUGGAAAUUUAAACUAUCUUCUCGGGCGCCUCUCAAUAACUAUGCAGGAGUUCAAUCAAAUCAAAACUGAGUUAGGCAUUGCAUUAGAUGACACUAACCAAUGCUUCAAAAAAAUUUCGAAAAAUAAUACUGAUCCCAAUUAACAAAGACAGAAAAUUCUGGGAUUUCCAUAACUAACGUUAUAUCUAUAACAUAAAUGGAUCAAGAUAAUCAUUAAUAUUCGGUUGUAUAUUGUUUAAUAAUAAUUAAAUAACAAAGUUGACCAUUCAAAAUAAGGAAGGAAUAAUUUUUAAAGUUGCAUAAAAUAAGAAGUGAAAUACAAAUAAAUAAAACUAUGAAUCACCCCAUUGUUAAAUAUUCAGUCUCUCAAUCUGAUACUGUUAUAAAAUCUCAAUAUAAAU